GAAAAAGAGAGAGCUGGGAGAAAAGGGCGUGCGCGCGAUAGGCAAGGCCUUGAGUGGUGGCUUUGGAUUCUUUGUGAUCGAACUGGUUACAGACUGGUCCUGAAUGGCAUCAGAUGUGCGACAUGGACAGGGUUUUUUAUACUCAAGAGAAGGGGGGAAAUGCACAUGGUCUAUCCCUCUUCGACCCCCAAGUCAACACCCAAGCGUAGCAUUUACGUCAGAGGUCCAUCUACGCUGUGAUAGCUUUUUUUUUUUUUUCUGUCUCUUUUCAUUAAUUCGGGGUCUGCACAGAUUCCAUCUUCUUCUGGUUCUGGCCCCAAAGACCAGAUGCCGAGAGAACCGUGUGUGAAGGUUCGAUGGUGGGAGGGAGAUAGAGACAAAGUGUUGGCUCCCCCAGAUGCGUCAUAGUUUCCCUUCUGCAUGAAUACCCUUGUUCAUCUU